GUGGCGUCCGACGGCCUUCUCGGGGGCGCGCCCGUUGGAGAAGAACGGCGGCGGCCGCAAGAAGCGGAGAGAGAGAGAGACAGGCGCGGGCGCUGAGGCGACGGACGGAGCGGGUUUGGGAGGACGCGGCGUCUCCCCGCAGCCUCACCUCGGAGGGGUUCGCCAGCCGCUCCUUCCCCGGCCGCUUCGCUUCUUUCCGCCCGCGGGAGGCUGGCAGAAGGCGCCUUCCAUCCCGCCCGUCUCUUCACUCGAAAGUGCCGCCGCUCAACGAGGCGGACGCGCCCACGGAAAACGCGCCAUGGACAGCUCCGCCGCUGCCCCGGAGAACCGCACGGGCGCUUGGCGCCUGCUGCUGCUGCCGCCUUUCGCCGGGAACGCCACGCCCGAGCCCCGUCCCGGUGCCGCCUCGGUUCCGUCGGCGCUGGGCUUGGCCCCUGCGGCCGGCGGCGUCGAGGCUCCCUUCUGGGACGGUCGGCUGAGCCACUGGCUGAGCGUCUUCGUGGGGCUGGCGCUGUGCGUGGCCAUGCUGGGCCUGGGCUGCACGGUGGAGCUGAGCCAGCUAGGCGCGCAGCUGAGGCGGCCGCUGGGCUUGUUGCUGGCGCUGCUCUGCCAGUUCGGGCUGAUGCCCCUGCUGGCUUUCCUGCUGGCCCUCCUCUUCGCCCUCGACGAGGGGGCCGCCGUGGCCGUCCUGCUCUGCGGUUGCUGCCCCGGGGGGAACCUCUCCAACCUCAUGUCCCUCCUGGUCGACGGAGACAUGAACCUCAGCAUCAUCAUGACUGCAUCCUCCACCUUGCUUGCUUUGAUCCUGAUGCCUCUUUGUCUGUGGAUCUACAGCCGCGCUUGGUUCAACACCCCGUUAGUGCGCCUGUUGCCCCUGGGGGCUGUCAGCCUGACCUUGUGCAGUACUCUAAUCCCCAUUGGUCUUGGCGUUUUCAUCCGCUACAGAUACACAAGACUGGCGGACAUUAUUGUGAAGAUCUCUUUGUGGUCUCUCCUGGUGACGCUGGUGGUACUUUUCAUUCUCACUGGUACCAUGCUGGGUCCUGAACUUCUGGCUACUAUCCCUGCCGCCGUAUACGUGGUAGCUUUGCUGAUGCCCUUGGCAGGCUACGGCUGUGGCUACGGGAUAGCCACCUUAUUCCGCUUGCCCCCGCACAGCAAGCGGACGGUGUCCUUGGAAACUGGCUGCCAGAACGUCCAGCUCUGUACCGCUAUCCUCAAGCUGAGCUUCCCCCCACAGUUCAUCGGGAGCAUGUAUAUGUUCCCUUUACUCUACGCCCUCUUUCAAUCGGCUGAAGCCGGGCUGUUCGUACUGGCUUACAAGAUAUACGGAAAGGAUCUGUACAAGCAAGAGGCUCUCGGAGGAGACAGCGAGGAAGAGACAGAUGUUUCUUACAGGAAACUGAAGGAGGAAGUAGUCCCAGAAAUUUCUUACGGCACCGUAAUUGCUGGGGAUCGUAGCGCAGGGGUUAUGGAGCCGACACAGACAGUCCUCUAGAGCAGUGUUUCUCA